AUGACUAAACGAUGCAUCUGUCAAAUUUGUACAUGCGGUAAACAUCGUUGCCCACAUCGGCCAUAUGGCAUUGUUGGCAAAAGUGAUCAACCAUGUGCUGCAACUGAAUAUCGUUCGGAAUUCGUUCCACGUGAAGGUGGUCCACGCGAAUCAUUUAAACCUGAUUAUACAUUACAAACAAAUACUGCACCAUUGGACGAUGAAACAACACACAAGCAUGAUUAUAUAAAACAUUCGCUUGACAAACCACGUUCAUUUAAACCUGAAGAAGUUUAUGUUCCUCGUGGUGAAUUCGAUGCCCUGACAAGUUAUAACAAGGAAUACACACCCAAAGGUGGUGAAAGAGCAAAAUUGAUUAAACACGAAGCUCAAAAGACAAUAUCGGCUCCAUUUGAAGGUGAUCCAACAUACAAAGCUGAUUAUCGUAAAUGGGAAGCUACUCGAACUGAACCAAUUCGACACGAUGGUGGAUAUGUCGCACCAUCAGAUCCUUUCAAAGGUUCAAGUACUUAUACAACAGAUUAUCUGAAACAUCAAGCUGCAAUGCGUCAAGCUAUUCGACCGGAUCAAGCUGUAUUACAAUCGCAGGAACCAUUUGAUGAUCGUACUGGUUAUCGAACAGAUUAUAUUCGUCAUCCACAACAGGAACGUUUUCAACGUGCUAAAGAAGAAUAUACACCAAAUAAAUCAGCUUUAGAUUCAUUAACAACACAUAAAAAAGAUUUUACACCAAAAGAAAUUGAUCGUGCACGUUCAAUGAAACCAAAUCAACAAGGUUAUCAAUCAAAUGCUCGUUUUGAAGAUUCAACAACAAAUAAAAGUGAUUUUAAACGAUGGGAAGUUCAACCAAUUCAAACACAUAAACCAGAUGAAUACCGAGCAAAAACAGGUGAUAUGGAUUUAAAUACAAUGUAUAAUUCAGAAUUUACACCUAAACCAUUGGCUAAAGUCAAUGCUAUUAGACCAGUUGAACGGCGUGCAGUCGAUGCUAAAUUUGAUGCACAUACAACUUAUGGAGGUGAUUUUCGUAAAUGGUCUGGAGGACGACCACCAGCUAUACGAGCACAAUCUGGUUAUGAACCACCUAAUAUGCCAUUUGAAGGAAUGUCUACAUAUAAAGGUCAUUAUAUUCCUCAUGCUGGUGGUCCACAACGUUCAUUUAAACCAGAUGGUGUUGUUUAUAAAACAGCAGCACCAUUCGAUGAUGCUACGAUGUACAGAACAGAAUAUACACCAAAAGAGAUUGAACCAUGUCCAGCUGCACUUCUUGAGACGCAAAGAAGUAAUUUUGUACAUCAUCAUACGGAAGCAAGCGGUCACAAAUUCUAUGAAACACAACAAGAAACAGCGCAGUCUCAAUAUCAACAACAACAACAACAACCUAUUGCAGUCUAG